UCUCCUGCUUCACCUCUCCCUCCUCUUCCCCCUCUUCUCCGCAGCCGGACCCAGGCCGGAUCUGUGCUGAUCUCCCCCCUCCCUUAGAUUUCCCCUUUCUUCCGCUCGCCUCUCCCUCCCUCCUCGAAUAGAGCCUCAGAUCCGCAAACAAACAUUUCUUCCAUUCGAUCCACAUGCUUGCCCUUCUUCAGAUUGGCACAGUUACUUCUGUGAUAUCAUGCUUGGAUUCAGGACAUGGUACAAUGGAAAUAUUACUGCUGAAGGCACUGCUUGAUAGCAUCACAAAGUUUGGUCAUGUAUCUUCUAGCAGCAAUGUAAAGCCUGCGCUGGUUCAAAAAUACUGUCAAAUAAUUGAUCAGAUCCUCGAGCAUUUCAAAUCUGUGUGUGAUGAAAUUGCUGCUUCUGAGAUAUCAUUGGAUGAACAGUUGGUCAAGGGGCUGGGAGAACUAGAUGCUUUAGCCAAUGAAGCUAGGGAACUUGUUAUGAGCUGGUAUCCAAUGAUGAGUAAAAUCUAUUUUGUUCUGCAAAUAGAAACAAUUGUUAUGAAGAUUUGUACAUCUGCUUUCAGAAUAUGUCAACUGGUUACUUCUCUGCUUCAAUCUCCAAUAGAUAGUGCCACUGCAAAAUGCAUAGAGGAAAUUGAAUACAUGAAUAAGGAACAGAUAUCUGUUAUCAUUGAAAAAGCCAUAAGAGAUCAAACAGAAAAAGAUAUGCCUAGAUCUGAGCAUUUGGAUAUGAUUUCAAACUCUUUGAGCUUGUCAUCUAAUCAAGAAUUGCUUGCGGAGGUUGUUGCACUCGAGAAACUUAAAGUGGAGGUUGGCUGCAGUGAGAACCAGGCAGAAAUGGAGAACAUUGAUCACAUGAUUGCCCUUAUCACUUAUAUGCAUGAUUGCCUUGUUAAAGUAAAGCAGUUGCAUAGUAUUAAUGGUGUGCCUAUUCCUGCUGACUUCUGCUGCCCACUUUCAUUAGAACUGAUGUCUGACCCAGUAAUUGUGGCUUCCGGUCAAACAUAUGAGCGGGCUUUCAUCUGGAAAUGGCUUGAUCAAGGUUUCAAUGUUUGUCCUAGGACCCGUCAGACACUUGGGCACACCAAUUUGAUUCCAAAUUAUACUGUUAAAGCGUUAAUUGCUAACUGGUGUGAGUCGAACAACAUUAAGCUUCCUGAUCCAAUGAAGUCCACGAGUUUGAAUCUUCAUUCUUCUUUCCUUAAGCCCACAGAUGCAAAUAUAAAUGACUUUGUAACUCAUUCUGCGCAUGCCACAAGAAACCAUUCAAGGUCUUCAGAAUCUCAUGCGAGAUUGGUGACUUCACAAAGUGACUUGCAUGCCUCCAAUGGGGUGCACCAAGCGACUUAUCUAAAUGAGAAGCCUGUAUCUUCUCCACAUCAUUCUUCCUCUGGGUCAUUGCCUGUGCAAAUUGCAAAUGGAUCUGAGGCAAAUGUUCCAAGAUUGUCUCUAGAAAGUGCUGAAGGCAACAACGAAUCUAGCAUGGAUCAGAGGCUUGUGAGUUCCAGCAACCAAACUGUCAACCAACCAAAACAGGAUUCAGAGCCCUUUUCAGCUGCUGAGCAAUUUCCAGGACAUAACUGGACUGACUCUGCUUCACUGGCCGUUUCAAGUAUUAACCAUCUUCAAGGACCUGAGGAUGCUAAUUUGGUUUCACGGGUUUCAAGUGAUCUGACACAUUGCAGCAGUGAUGCCAUGGGAGAAAUUGCACAGGACAGUGCCUCCUCCACUUCCCAAAGAGAAUCUGAGUUCCCAUCAGCAUUGGAGGAUGCUCGUUUUAGAAGCCAAAGUCUUUGGCGACGACCAUCUGCGCCUCGUAUCAUUUCUUCUCAGUUCAUGGAUUCUAGGCCUGAUAUAUCAGGUGUUGAAGCUCAAGUUCGUAAGCUGAUUGAGGAUUUGAAGAGUGAAUCCCUGGAUCUGCAGAUAACCGCCACAGCAGAACUGCGCCUUCUUGCCAAACACAACAUGGAAAACAGGAUUGUGAUUGCAAACUGUGGAGUUAUUAGCUUGUUGGUUGACCUGCUUCAUUCAACAGAGUCCAAGAUUCAAGAAAAUGCUGUAACAGCCCUUUUAAAUUUGUCAAUAAAUGACAACAAUAAGAUUGCCAUUGCAAAUGCUGGUGCAGUAGAUCCUCUGAUUUAUGUGCUUGAGACAGGCAACUCUGAGGCAAAAGAGAAUUCGGCAGCAACAUUAUUUAGCCUUUCAGUAAUUGAAGAAAAUAAGGUUCGCAUUGGCCGGUCUCGUGCUAUCAAACCAUUGGUAGAAUUAUUAGCAAAUGGGACUCCUCGAGGAAAGAAAGAUGCAGCAACAGCAUUAUUUAAUCUGUCAAUAUUUCAUGAAAACAAGUUACGGAUUGUGCAGGCUGGAGCUGUGAGACACUUAGUGGAACUGAUGGAUCCAGCAGCUGGUAUGGUUGACAAGGCUGUGGCUGUUUUGGCAAACCUUGCAACAAUACCAGAAGGGAGAAAUGCGAUUGGUCAAGCUGGUGGCAUCCCAGUACUUGUGGAGGUUGUUGAAUUGGGGUCUGCACGAGGAAAAGAAAAUGCUGCUGCAGCUUUGCUUCAGUUAUGUACGAAUAGUGGUAGAUUUUGUAGUCUAGUUCUUCAAGAAGGUGCUGUGCCCCCACUGGUAGCGUUGUCACAGUCUGGCACUCCACGAGCUAAAGAGAAGGCUCAGGCUCUUCUAAGCUAUUUCCGAAACCAACGGCAUGGUGGUGCUGGGAGGAGAUGAUCACCUAGGUUUAGGUUUCUCAGUUCUAUGUAAUUAUCACGACUGUCGUCAGAGUUUCCUAGCAUUUUGAUGCGUUGAAGAUUUGUCGGGUUGUUUUCCUGUAUAAAAAAAAAAGACUGAUCUGUACAGCGUUCCUCGGCGUCAGUUGAUUCUUUUCUCGUUGCAGUAUUGCUGUCUGUACGGGUUUAUUUCAUGUAUCACAUAUAGUGAUCUCUUUUCUGUAA